AGUUCCAGUUUCGUCCUGGGGCGGCGACCUUCCACGCGGCCUGUCCACCCUGUGUUUUCAUGGCUGACUGCUUCUCGUCGUAGCGUAUGUUAUCAAAGCGAGCAGCGACGGCUGUGACUGUACCGCGAGCGCCGUCGGCUGAAUCCGGGCAGCCCGGCAUGUGUCCGUGCUCGAUCAGCAGGUAGAUACCGCAGACAGCCAGUUCGCCUGUCCGUUCAGCCCUCGUCAACGGAAUGGCGGACGCCGCUAUGCUGUUUGCGCUAGCCGGCGCGAUGUUCCUCGGAAGCUACAUCAGCGGCCUGGUACCCCUAUCCCUUCCGCUGACGGAGGCUCGGCUACAUCUCGUGUCGGUGUUUGGAGCCGGCCUGCUGGUUGGUACGGCCCUCAGCGUGAUCAUUCCAGAAGGCAUCAGUACGCUCUACACCACCCAAAUGCAGGAACUGCUGCACCACAACUCGGGGGCGUCGCACGGUGACCACAGGAGCGGUGGCCCGACCCCGCUCAAAUCGGACCCGGCGGCGCCCCACGGGGGGAACCACGGGGGACUGGACGAGCUGGAUCCCCGCAACCUGGUGGGGGUCACCCUGGUGCUGGGCUUCCUUUUCAUGCUCCUCGUGGACCAGCUGGUGUCGCGCCACAGGCACUCCAAGGUCCUGCCCACCUCCGUGAGCGAUUCGGACAGCCUGGGAGCAACGUACGGACCGAGGAGCAGCGUCACAGCCACCCUGGGCCUCAUUGUUCACGCAGCAGCGGACGGAGUCGCUCUCGGCGCUGCAGCCACGACGUCCAACCUCGACACAGAAGCCGUAGUCUUCCUCGCCAUAAUGCUGCACAAGGCUCCCGCCGCCUUUGCCCUCGUCUCGUUCCUCAUGCACGAGGCGGUGGAGCGCACGACAAUCCGCAAGCACCUCCUCAUCUUCUCUCUAGCAGCGCCUCUGCUCGCCCUCAUCACCUUUUUCGCCAUCAACCGGGGUGCCACCGAGAGCAUCAGCUCGCUCCACGCCACGGGGGUGGCACUGCUCUUCAGCGCCGGCACCUUCCUGUACGUCGCCACAGUGCACGUGCUGCCCGAACUAGUGGUGCGCCACAGCAACCACCAGGGGGACGCAAGGGGCCGCAGCGGCGCCCCCUCCAGCGACGGCUUCACCAAGACGGACGUGCUUACGAUCGUGGUGGGUGCACUCAUGCCCGUGCUGCUGACUCUAGGACGACACGGACACUGAGUGUGCUGCGACGUCUCACUGGCCAAUCGGAUGGCUGCAUUUGGAAAUCGGGACGGCGCGUCAUCCACCGCCAACGUGACGCCACUUCGAGACGAACCCGUUUCGAUGCAAACACUGCGGUCGUGCGUGCCGAUGGACUCCUUUCUUCUAAUUUUCUUCCUCCUACCGUGUACAGCCGCUCUUUGACUUUUGGUGGAAACAUUCUUUCCUUUUUAUUUUUGUAAGAUCAACGACGCGUUAUUUGUUCGAGAAACGCCAAAACGUUGUUCGUCUUGAUAUUUUUUUUGUUUGUACUGUAUUUCAUUUUACUUUGCAACAGACCGCAGAGGGCAGUAUGAGCCAUUGAAGCCGAUCUAAUGCCGUGUAAGCGUCGCAUGAUCCUUAUGCUGUCGCAUGAUCCUUAUGCCGGGGUUGCACUGCUUAUACAUCAUACAAAAGACAGUCUGCAUACAGAUGCGAAUGCGAGUCACCACGAGAUCUGUGCUUCGAAUGCCGCAUGGCAACGAGUUCAAGGAGAAAGAUGUUCAGCCUUUUCACUCUCGUGAAGAAGCAAGACCAGCGGAGCUGUACUCGAUACACUGCCACAAUGCGCACGUGCCCGUUUCCCGCCUCUUCUCGUCCGACAUGCCGCCGAUCAUAGAUACGUCUCCGGCCACCCAGUCGGUCGCACACGGUGCACGCGACGCCAAACGGGUAAUCCACAAACUCCCUCCGGAACAUCGCCGUCGUGCCCGGGAACUUUUCAGUUGGCCAGCAGUGCAGUCGUUGCCGGGCCUCGCGCUUGCGCUUGGCCUCCGUGGCACGAUCGUCGUCCGUGGCGUUGGCCCGCCGGCGCCCUUUACAUUGCUGGUUCUGUUCUCGGUGGUGGCUUUCCAGGCGAGUGAUGUGCUCUUCUUUGGCAAGGAAAUCCGAAGCGGUCGAUGCAGUGGAAGCCGAGGCGACAGCGGCUUUGCGGCGGUUACAGACCCUUUCGCGCUGCUGCAUACGUCGCCGCUCCUUCCGCAGCCAGUCUUCUUUCCCCAAAAGGGCACGCGGCUGACUCAUCCUGAGUCUAAACCGAAACUGAUAAGAGCGUAGGAAACAGCGCGCAAAUCAGACGAAGACGAAGAAACGCACGUGACGAGCGCUGCUCUCGUUAUGUGUGCUUCUUCUUUGUCGUCGUCUGUUUUUCGCGCUCCUUCCUACGAUGAAUUCCCACCAACGCACUGCCCAACUAUCCAUUCUUCUAUGGUAGCUGGAAAGGUUGGCGCCAUCUACCAGCAACGGCGGCAACCAUACUGGUUGUGUGCUUGCCAUUGUCGCUUAUAGAUGGCGGUGACUGUCCAGAGGCGUCUUUGUCGACAAGUGCUUUGUACCGGACAUGAUCCUCGGGAACCUAGCCCUUAACAGCUCCGCUGUAAAACUUGGCAUGCAGCAUUCAUAUCGCGGAUACUGCAGUGAUUCGUGUUUGCAAGCUGUCUUCUGUAUUAUGUGUGACCAGUGUGACCGCGGCUUUAGGAGAUGGCGCAGCAACGUGCGGGGAGCGUAGUCGCACGAUACGUUUGCAGUGCUGGAUUGGUCGCGGUGGCUUGUAGCGUCUGCCGCAGUCCGACGUUAGGUAAAAUGGAGUAGCCAUAGACAGAUGGAGAUGGAUGAAGCAGUGUCCGAGAGCGUUUGAAAGCGAUCUGCAUGACCCGAACUUGUUCAUGUUUGAGCUGGGACGAUUAGCACGAGGAAGACCCUGUCCGAUCGCCGGAGCGAGGCUCUCGCAGAGCGGCAGCUACCGUUUGCCCAUCCACCCGUAUGUUUGCGUCGUCUAGUGCGUGUGGAGCGUCGUUUUUUUUGGGAAGAUUCCCAAUUCUUUUUUAAUCGUGGGAAAAGGCAGCGAUAUGCUGGUGGCAAGCUGCCGGAUCUCAAAGUAUUUGGGGGAUUGAAUAAAUAUAUAAAUAUUAUAUGGGAAGGUUUUGAUAAAAA